AUGGCAUCCAAAAGCUUACCAGCUCUGCUUUGUCUGCUCAUGUUGCUCGCCAGCCUUGCGUCCAGCACUCCAGUCGCCGCUCCCAGGCCGGCACAAACCCAAGACGCACCAGGGCAAGGCCUGACGUGGGAAGUAGAAGGGGAUGCGCCCGGCACGAUUGCAUGCGAGAUCGAUCGCACGUCAGACUACUACGGACUUGGGGUGCGGAUGGGCGUCUUCGCAGCGUGGAUGACGAGCUGGAUCGCGAACGUCGCAGUGCAGGAUGAGAUCUCCGGAGCGCUCGACACAAACGCCAUCUUCCUCUUCGCGCUCGUCAUCGCCAUCGUCCGCUGCACCAUCACCAACCUGGUCAGCAGGAUCGAUGGCCUGAUGCUCAUGCAUCUCAGCCUCGGCACCGUCUUCGCCAAAGUGCGCACCUGCCGGCUGGGUGGCGCCGAAGGCGGCAGAAACUGCGCUUACAACUCUUCUCAGGUGAAUUCAGGCAUCCGAAUUGCCUCCUUGGUGCUGUUCGUCGCCUGCAUGGGCUAUUACGGUGUCAUGGUGCUCGCCAGCGUUCUUGGCCCGCUCAUGCGGCUCUUCAAGAUGCGCUUUCUCCUCCGACACCACUUCUUCCGCACCAGCUCCCGUCUCCGAUACGCGACCGGCUUAACAUACGGCCAGCUGAAGAUGAGCUUCUGGGUCUCAUCGACGUUCAACCUUUUCUGGGUCAUAUUCACAAUCGUCAGCUGCGAAUACACGCUCAUGUACAACCAUAUCCAGUCCGUUCUGGGAGAAAACGGACGUAUCUUCUUCCCUUCGCAGCUGAUCCCGUUUGCGAUCGGCAUUUGCGGUCUGAUCCGAGUCCUGUAUCUAUUCUUUGAGGAUUGGCGCUCCGUCGACCACUCGCCGAGCUUGGGACACACGCCCAGCAUGCCGAAACGCGUUCUCACGAUGCCUCGUGGUAAGGACCUGCUCGAGAUUCUCGCGCCAGCGACUCAGCCUCAGGAAGGAACAGUGCCCGCUGAGGUGGUUAAGCACAAAAGACCGCAUUUCGAGGAAAACGAACUGGACGAAGAAAUAGUGGGAAAGCCUCUUUGGUGGGGGCUAAUGGUUUCGUAUCUGCCCUGGCUUCAACCCGUCGCGAUGUGGUAG